UUUGCUACCAUUGGUUAGUUUCUUCCACGUGACCAGGUGCUACAUCACGGGCACAGCACCCGCAGCGCCAAAAUUCAAAAUACGUUUCUUUAAAAACUGCGACUUUUCGUUUUUAUUUUGCACCUAAGAUGAUUUCACCGACAAAAGAAUUCGCAAGAAUACAGCCAGUUGACGCGUCCAUCACGGAUAUAUGAAGUAAAUCUGCGGACAUCCAGCAACAUUUUGAGCAGCUUUUUGACAAUGAGGCGGAGCCCCAGAAGACCCUUGAUCCUCAAAAGAAGAAAGCUGCCCUUUCAGCAAAAUGACCCACCAUCAAGAAGCCCCAAGGAGGCUGCAAAGUUACCCUCCACUCAGCCCUUCCCUGACGGCAUCCGCAUCCUGGAUCACCCCAGCCUGCCCAACACGCAGGUGGUGAUCAUUCCCAAAAGGGCUGACCUGCAGAGCGUCAUCAACGCUCUCACUUUGAAAGGCAAAGAGCGCGGGGCCCAGGGCCGCAACAAGUUCAUUCUUCUGGGGGAGAGUGGCGCCCUGGACAGUGGCUGUCUUUACCAGGCUAAGACGGAGGAUGACUUUACGGGGAGUACAGCCAAACAGCAACAAAGUGGACACAACUCCACGCAUGGCACUGCUUCCAUUGAAAUCAAACAAUUUAAAAAGAAAGAGGGUGGCGUCCCCUUUGACGACAGCCUUACCUGCAUGCAGUGGCUAGAAAGGAGCGAUGCCUUUCUAGCCGGACAUGACGCUACGGAUGCCAAUAAAGAAAACCAAAAGACUCUUCAGGUCAACUGUGGGAUCUCAGUGUGCUUGUUCAGAAAGACACUGAUGACGCCACCGUGUCCACUUCCUGUCUUCCCACAGUUUUCGGAUGCAGACGCCGCCCCCGAGGAGCCCGAGUGCGAGAAGCCACCGUUCUCCUACAUGACCAUGAUCCAGUUUGCCAUAAACAGCCGCAGGGACGGACGCAUGACGCUGAGCGAGAUCUACAAGUGGCUCCAGGAUCAUUUCCUCUUCUUUAGGGAUGAGACUCGGAUGCACGGAUGGAAGAAUUCCGUGCGUCACAACCUCUCCAUUCACAACAUGUUUCUACGGAAGCCCACGCCCAACGGCAAAGUUUCCUUCUGGACCAUUCGGCCCGAAGCCAACAGAGGUCUCACCCUGAACCAGGUGUACAAGCCCGGCUGUGCCCCUGUGCCCACCUCUUAUGCCACGCCCAUGCUUUCAUUCCCCCAACAGCAGCAAACAGUUGAUGCUGACAGGAGAUGCCAGACUGGCUUGGAGAGGGGGAUGAAGCUUCUCCCCCUUCCAACGCCUUCCAACAUAGUUCCCAUCCAGCUCCCUGUCAAAACCUUUUCCUCCUCUUUGACAGCACACACGCCGCCUCCUCAUAGUCCUCCUAAAGCCAAGAGUUCAAGAAAAGCUCCCAAGCAGGUGUCGCAGAGCAACCAUGGCGACGCUCCAUGCAGCAAAGUGUCCGGAGAGGAAGAGAAAACUGAGCUGCUGAAUGUUGCCGUCAAGCGCAAGGGUUCCAAAGCGCUGGCAGAGAAACCUGCAAAGGUGUCCAGACGGAAGCAACAUCUUGUCCACUCUCUGCACGACGAGCCCGUCCUCAUCUACUCGGAACGCUCUGACUUUGACUCCGGUAUCGCCACCUCGCCCACCCUCCUGGACGAGCAGGACGCCGAGCCCGACCCAGAGGAGCAUCGCAGUCCCGACCGGCACUUCUCCUACAAAACCCCCAUAAAAAUCAGCCGCAGCCGCCUGACUUCCUCCACGCCCAGCAAGCCCCCCUCCAGCGUCCAAGCCGAGCCAUGGAAGGUCACCCCCUUGGGGAAAGAGGGCUGCAGCGUUCUGGACUUCAGCCCCAUCCGCACGCCCAUCGGUCCCGCGGUCACGCCCAUGCACGACUACACCACCUUCAGCCUGAACAGCACCCCCUUUAAAGACUGGGCCAUCUUCUGCUCCCCGGCCACCUCGCCGAGCGGGUGCCGGGAAAGCGGCUGCUCCCGAGAGCUGCUCCUGGCCGGCGGCGCCACGCCUUCCAAAUGCUCACUUACCGAGGGUCUCAUCCUGGACACCAUGGAUGACAGCCUGAGCAAGAUCCUGGUGGACCUCAGCUUUGGCCUGGAGGACGACAACCUGCAGUUGGCCGACGUCAGCCUGUCAGACAUCAUCCCUCAGCUCAAGUAGCUUGACUUACUACACGAAGAACCGCAAAGACGAUAAUACAUCACUUUUAUGCUUCCAGCUUUGCUCUUCUUCACUUGUAGUUCAACCUGUAGUCACUUUUUGUCUGGGGGAAAACUGCCUUAAUGACACUUUUUGUUGUUGUUCCUAUGUCAAUAGAGGAUUUAGUUUGUGUAAUUUUCACCUCCGGGGCCCCGAGAGGGACAAGCGGUAGGAAAUGGAUGGAUGUACGUUAAUUUGCACACGGUCUUAUUUAAUUCUGUUUCUUUAUGGUGUGAAAAAAACAGCACAAUGCUUCCAGGGGUCAGUUCUGGAAUGGGACUUUAGAAGACGGUGCAGGUUUGUUAGCAACAAGAUAUUUAAAACAGAAAAUACUCCCAAAAACACUACUACCGGUACAUAUUAUAAUAUAUUAGCAAUAGAUGGAUGGUUAUAUAGAUAGAUGGAUCUUUUAUUGUCAUUGCACAAGUACAACAAUAUUUCAUUUUCAGCACAAACCCGUUGAAGAUUAGACACAUU